CGACAGUUCCCGGACCCAAGGAAUCUGAGAGUUUGUUGACCACAGAGAACGCUCCGCUCAUGAUUUUUUUCAACUCAGCAAAAUAAACUGUGUGGUUUUAAAAAUGUAUUGGCUUUACCUCAUCAAUUUAUUUUAUUUUAUUUAUUUUUUUUGCAGUGAAAAAGGAUCAGAUUUCUGUCUAUUAAUUUUUAAGCAUUAAGCAUUUUUGUGGCAGUGUUGCACUUCUUUUUUCUCCUGGCUUGAACACAAAAAUCUGGACACUGUUCUGCCUCUACUCUCUAAUGUGAGUGUUUUAGUGCUGCUAAAACCGUUGUUUAUAAUAAAUAUAGAGCAGCCUAUAUACAAAAUGUAAAUUCUCCACAAUAUAUAAAAAUAUUUAAUCAUUGUUUAAUAAUACGUAUAAUUUAUUUGUCUUUAUUUAGGUUAACAUAGGUUUCAUACUUUAUCAUCUACUGUAAUGUUUAAUAUUUUUAUGAGUCGGGGUUAGAUCGAAUUUGUUUUAAUAAGUGCAAUGAUCUUAACACAACAGAAAUUUUGGCACCACUUUGAUUUUAAUUUAGUUUAGUUUAACGUCCAGCCAACUCCUAAUGUGUGUUUUGUAGCUUUCAGCAGCUCGUGAGAACUCACGGACUUUUAAUGUCAACCCCUGUAAUGUAUGCUGGCAGUGAUGUGUGCUGCCUUUUAAGUGAAGGAGUGACGGGCUUGUAAUUUGAGAGUCUGAGCGGGGUAUUAUCAUCUAAACCUAGCGCAGAGUCUGAACCCUCCAGAUGUUGAAACAGACACAAGGAAGGACGCGGUGAGGGUCUAGUGGCUCACUCCUGUUGAUUCAGCCAAAAACACAGGACGGAAAGCGGACAGGAAAACUGCAGUCUCAAACCGCGGACGAUUCUGUGUGUUCGUGACGCUCUGGACAUGCGUGGGGCUGGAGCAGGACAGCUUGUCUAAAGUUUGAACAGCAGAGCUGAAGGUUAAGCAGAGGUGGGGUCCUGAGUAUGAUGGCUUCCCCUCUGUUCCUACUGAUAGCCUGUCUGGUCUCGUCUCGUGUCGGAGGGACUUUCUUUCCGGGACCCCUGUACCCGGAGAUGUCCAACGGCACCUUUCAUCAUUAUUUCGUGCCGGACGGCAACUACGAAGAAAACGACGAUCCCGAGCAAUGUCAGAUGCUGUUCAAAAUGAUGGACAAUCGCAAGUGCACCUUGGACGAGGACCAGGACUCGGUGAUCCGGGACGAUUUUAUCAUCAUCAAGAGGCACAUCGAGGACGCGGCGCGGGUGCUGGAGGGCGUCGGGAAGAGCAUCUCCUUCGACCUGGACGGAGAGGACAGCUACGGGAAAUACCUGAGACGGGAGACGACCCAGAUCGGCGAGGCGUUUUCUAACUCCGAGAAGUCUCUUCUGGAGCUGGAGGUGAAAUUCAAACAGAGCCAGGAAAACGAGCUGAAAGAGGAGCACAAGAUCAGCGACGACUUCCUCAACAUGAUCGUGCACACGCGCGACGCGCUGAAAGAGACGCUGGACAUCUCGCUGGGACUGAAGGACAAGCACGAGCUGCUGUCGCUCAUCAUCCGGAGUCACGGGACCCGGCUGAGCCGCCUGAAGAACGAGUACAUGAAGCUGUAGAGGACUGUUUGUCUGCUCUUCAGUAGGCUGCUGCCUUCAAAUCUCAGUCCGUCUGUAUGGGAAAGCAUUUUAACAUUAAUUCCUUCAAAAUAAGUUGUAAUUUACUUGUACUUGUUUUUAGUAGCUAAUUCCACACAUGAUUAUAUUUUUCCGUUUAUAUAAACAUUAAACAAUUCAGCUAAAGUUACUAAUAACUAUCUCAACUGUCCUGAUUUAAUUUGACAAAAAUUUGGAACACAUUGGCUUAUUAGUCAGAAGUGAUUUGUUAAUGUCUGAAACAUUGAUCUCUAUAGAAUUCACUGAAAAAAGAAAAUAGGGAAAUAUUUGGAAUUGUUUAUUGUCACUUUCACCAAAGUGAGUAGCAGAAAACGUAAAAUAUAUUAAUCACUAUUUAAAAUAGGUAGGCCUACUAAAAUAAGUACUAGUGACAUAGAAAUGUACUACUUAUUUUGAGGGACUACAUGUUAUUUCUCCGUAGCUACUUGGCAAAAGUGAUGCAGCUAUUCUGUGCAAUAAAUGAAAGCCAGUAUUCACUUAAUAGCAGCAAACAAAUGAUGGACAGCCAUUAAAUACUAUGAACUUGGAAAUAUUACUGCCACUGAGUUUCAGUCAUUAAUGACACUUGCAGCUUAUGGUAAUAUGACUGGAAUCUCAGUUUAACCAUGUACAGUCUUUACCUCACAGAGGAGACAUACAAAACACUGAGUUAGAGUCGGGGUUGAGUUUUUCACCAUUUUCUCGGAUAUUGAUAUAGGGUAUAUUCGAAGAAACAUUUGCUAAUUUGCAUUGGCAUUACUUGAAUGUUUCAGAGAAAAUUAAUGUUGGUUAAAUAUAGUUUUCAUUGUACAAAUGUUAGCUGUCAUAUUCAUACUUAGGUUAUAUAAGAGCAUGUACUUGGAAUAGUGUUUAAACAUUCAGCCUGACAAUCCUCUAAAAGAUAAUGGUAUUAACAAACUAAAAACAUAAAUGUUAUUAUUAUUGAUUUCUAUGAUACACUCUGAAUAAAAACACAUUAGCUAUUAUUUGUACAUCUGUAUAUAUAUUUUUUUGAGCGUUUAAAAUAUUAAACUGUAAGUGUUUCUAUUUUUUUGAAAAAAAAGUGUAUUUUUAUUAUUUUUUUGAGACUGUACAUGUUGCAUUAAGUUUUAUUUUAAUCCUCUGGGAAGUAAUGGGAAAAUGACCAUCGGGAUGACAUAUUCCAGACAAACCAAGAUGACUGCGGGCAGGAUUAUUGGACUUGAAGCAUUCUAUGUGUAGCUCCAUUUCUGAGAUAUACGUUGUGUAUAUUCCUUUUUUGUAAUAAAAAUCUUCAAGAUA